GCUGUACAAAAAUGUUUUCAGUUUUUAACAAAAGUGGAACUUGCCAUUUCUACCCAACUUGCUUGCAGCUCACGCAGCGAUAUCGAAAACGAACGUUUGCCAAGAGAUUUGCGUUUAUUGCAAAUACUACAAAGACGUGGGAAGCAAAACACAAAUUCGAAAGCAUUAACACAGUGGAGUUUAGUAUGGCGUGCAGUUAGAAAGACGUUGGCUGCCGUCGAAAUGCUUGUGAAUGACGUUUUUCUAACGGCUGACAAUCGAUCGGCUAAAUGGAGAUUGCCAGAGGGCGGUUUCACAAACCUGCAGUUUUGUUUGCAAUUUGGAGAUUGUACAGACUCCUUGUCGCAUAUUUGCGCUAAAUUUCAGAAUAUUCAAUGUCAUUUCUCCAAUGCCAUGAAAUCUCUUUGCAAGUUUGGCAAAGAGGGAUACAAUGUGUUAUCCAACAAAAUAUUUCAAUCUCAUCUUCAACAGGCAGUUAGUCUUGUUGAGGGCUUAGGCAAGUUUCUCCACGUGACAGAACUGGAAUUAUCAAGCAAAGGAAGAGAGGCGUACUUUGCGCUAACCGAAGAAGUGAGAGUUUGUUGUUGUUCCAAUCUAGAGGAAACGACUUGUGACUCCGAUAGUGUGACAGAGAGUUACCAGAAAGUUUUGGAAAAUGCUCUAGAACGGUUUAUUGAUAGGCUAACAGAGAUGUACCGCGAGGUUUGGGACAUUGUUGUAACUUCUUCUGUAGAUAGUCCACUCUUGUUCUCGAUUAUGCUCGAUAUUCGGAAUUCGGAAAGCGUUCUGACAGGAAUUCGUCAAGGACAAGACAGUCCUGAAAUCCAUAAGGUUGGAAAGCCAAACUUCCUUGAUUCGCGCAUUCGUCAUUAUAGGAAUGAAAUUGAUACCUUGAGCAAAUCAAACAGUACGCAGAUUGACGAGCCAUUACCCGUUGUGUCUAAAGAACUUAUACAGAAGAAACUGGAAGAUAUCAUGGAGUUGCCAACUGCAGCUACCUUACCGUCAAACGAUUGUGAAAGUACAGGAGAACUCGCUGAAUUACAAGAGACAUGCAACAAAGCGUUAAGUUUGUGUAAAGCAGAAGAUUUUUUCGAAAUCGAAACGAUGAAUAGAAAAUUAAAUGAUUUGGUUUCGUUUUGGUUUGCACAGUCUUGUUGGGAAAGGAUUUACGUCGUGAGUAAGGAACUUCAUGAUAAUGUUGUAGACCAGGUGGAAGAUGACAAAGCACUUUUGAAAAAACAAGUUCUAGACCAGGUGGAAGAUGACAAAGCAUUUUUGAAAAAACAAGUUCUUAUUGCACAUAUGAUUUCUGCUGUAGACAAAGAAAAGAGACAUUCCUCUAUUGCAUACAAAUUGUCGUCACGAAAACCUCUCAGUUCAAACGACACAAAAGAAGUUGUCACGUCGGUUUUGCAAACUUUGCUUAGGAAGCGCUGGCAGUUUUGUCGCUUGGUUAGUAGUUACUGCAAAAAAGGUUUAUAUGGCUGUCGUUUACUCAAAGACGUUUGCUCGUCUUUAGCAAGAAAUCCAUUGAUGCAGCACAAAUUAAAAGUCGUUAACGCUAAACAAGUUCUUGACAUGUGUUUAAGUCGAGACAGACUACUGAAGUCUCAGAAGGGAGUAUUUGAUGACGACACAGCGACGCGCUUACGACCUUACAGUGUCACGAUGACAGACUUACACUUUAUGCUAAUAGACGGUGACAUCGAAGGCUGUGAGUACUUUUCGAACAUUGAAAUAAAGCUAGAAAGAGAGCUUUUUGUUUCGGGUUGUUGUGAUUUGACGAUGCCGUCAUGUCUUGCUCCAGAGACGCGAGAAGCAGAAUUUGAAGUUGUCCGUCCUGUCACAAUUCUACUUGAUGAGUUGGCCAGUGAAAGACGGUCCUGGGUUGGACAAUUGAGAGAAUUUCACUCUCAGUCAAUGAGUUUGUUUAUCAAUAUGCUAAGUAAGUUUUUUCAGGAUCAAGACGUUGGAGACGCAGAUGUUAUUUGUCGGGCGUACCGAUCACUGUCAGAGCUACCGGAGUAUAACUUGUUCGUUGCAACAACUGGCUUGUGCGGUUGCUUGUGGAUAUUGCAGAAUGUUUUGAUCAAACUUUUGGAUAACGAUAAACUAGAACUGACAUCUCUUUUUCGACUGCAGAAAGACAACGAAUUGACAGAGCGGGUAAAAGAAACGCUUGAUGCGGAAGUUCGUUAUGAUACCAAGAAAAAGCAUCGUUAUUUCACGGAACAAGGCGAAAGCGGCAAUACUACGAGACACACUUUGGGAGUUACGAAGGAAGACGUAGCACUCCAAGUUUAUCGUUUGUUGCCUGAACGUCUUCGCUUAGAUCGCUGGCAUCAUAUUAAGAGCGCACUACGUGAUAUAUUGAACCAAUUGAUUGCGUUUAAAGAUACUUGCUCCAACUUCUUGAUAACCUUGUGUCGGACGUACGAUUCUGCAACUAACGUGAGUGAUGCAAAGAGUAUUGACGCAGAAUCUCUUUCUGGCAAUAUUGGAUUGACUGGUAUCUUGCUGAAUAGCUCCUUGAAGUAUACCCAUGUAAGACGGAGAGACAACGAUGGACUCAAAGGAACGGGUCAGAUACAAGAUGUUACUUUGGAAUAUUCGAAUUGCAAUGCAGCGGAUGUUCAGCAAGCACUGUCUCACGUUACCGAGUCUUGCUACAAAACAUUUUCUAGAGAAGCGGAAUCACCAGAGUUUAGCAAGAAAUUUCACACGUUGGUUCAAUUUUUGACGUGUUGUGUUCAGUCUUUAUGUGCAAGUGUUGACGACAUUGAACUUAAAAUGGAGGGACUUACUAGGUAUCACAGCGGUAAAGUACUCGAAGAACUUUGUUCUAGAUCAAAACAAUUUGGCGACAAUGUCAAAGAAGUGUUUGAUGAGCUAUCACGACAGUGUUGUCAGUCUAUGACCGACUCGCUAGUUGUGAGGACAAAAGGACAGGCUGCUUUGAUGCUUGCUGUGCAAUUGAGAGAUGAAGCAUUUAAUGUUCACAAUUCUAGUCUUGUAUUGGAACAACACUACUUACAUUGCUCGUCUUUGAUGUUAAAGUUAGUGACUGUAGUGUUACUGAUUGUCGAGAGACGACAAAAGCGCAGCAGUGACAUAGAUCAAUUGCGCUGGUGCCUAAGGAGACACGAUCCAUUGAUCGCAGACAAAUAUACUGGCAAAGAUUUGAAAGCUGAGUUCAAAAUGAUGUGUAACGAAAUACGAAGUGCAAAGCGACAACUCUAUCGACCACUAGAAAGUUUACUGUUAGAUUUCGUCGGAGAUCCAUUUGUUGCAGCAUCAAUGGAUGCACAUGUGGCAGAAUGGCUGCAAAGAGGUGUGUCUGAUACUUGUUUGGUUGGAAAACGUAUAGGAAAAAAUCUGGAGUGGUUUAUGAACGUUCCUGAUCUUAGAAAGAAAGAACAACUGCUAGUCGGAAGCUCCUUGUCAAUAUUAGCGUCUGUGAUGCAACAAAAACUUGAUAUUUUGGACGAUUCUCGUGCAAUAGAGGCAAACAGUUUGAAAAACAGUUUUAGUCUAUUGGAGACAAUUCAUCAACUUUAUAUCGAAUUCAGAGAUCGAGAAAACGUUCAAACUCCGUGGAACGUACUGUUAGCUAAUGUUACCCUUUUGGUUCGGCAGUUACACUGCUCAACAUUAGAUGCUCUUUUGAGUAAGCUCAACCUGGCUGUCUUGUCAACAGCAACGUUAGAGGACCAUAGCACCUUUCGCAUUGUGCAUUUGCUGGCUUCUGCAUACGGAAACAAUGAAGAUAUAAUGGAGAGCUUCGAAACUUUAGAAACAGAGUCUGUCGACGUCAUGCGCUAUGUUACUUCGUUUCUUUUCGAAAGCAUAUUGACAACAGGACGUGUGCUGCAAAAACACGUACACGAAUUACCUCAUUUUCAUGGUCUUGCAUUUGACUUUUCAUCAUUUCUGCAUCAGUUUGCAGAAAUUAUAAAAAGCUUUGAAGUAAUGCUGAAAUGGCCAGUCGCAACUGUUGACGCAACGCACACUUUAGAAUUACCGUCGUCCCACGCUGUAGUAACAGACGGUCGUAUAAAAGACGCAGUUAACGAGAUGUCUUCGUUUUUUUUGAAAUAUGAUGUUUCAAUUUGGACAAUGAUGAGAGAUACAACAGUUUCUUGGCUAAGAAAAGUUACAGCUAGUACCUCUACAGAAGCUGAAAAGUUUGUUCUUGUUAAGAGAGGUUUAGAAAGUCUCGAGCGUACUUGGAGAGACGGUUUUACUAGCAUCGUAGACAGUGUUGCUGGCGACCGUGCUAAAAUGAAAAGCACUAAUCUCUUGAAACGCGUUCUUCUUGCACCUUUUUCGUAUUUUAGUUCGUUUGCGAAAUCAAAAUCAGACGUGGAGAAAGAACUGACUUCAUAUUUAGAGCUAAAGGAAAAACUUGAAGGUGAAUUGACAAGGGCAUGUUGUGAAGUAGAAACAUUGUUACUCUUUCAUCCGGAAAAAAGCACUAAAAUCUAUGCUGACGUUGUAAAACAAUUGUUGUGUGAUGUUGAGAAAUACAACGAGGAGCUGAUGAAAAUAGAAGGAAAAAGAGCUGAUCUAUUUUGUAUUGGAGAAACUCGAGGGUUCAAAAUUUCUUUAAAGAUGGUUCAUCUACGUGUUUCGACAUUAACUGAGCAGACUAAUGCUAGUCUUUGCUUAAAGAAAGGACAGAAUUUUGCUCCAGAUUUUGAACCGCACGACUCUUGUCAAAAAUGUAUUUCAGUGACUGUCGAAGAACUUCCUUCAGUGUUGUUGGUUUUCGUUGUAGAUGGAAUAAAACGUGCUUCCGCAACGCUGGUACAAAAUCUUAUUGAUACCAUUAGAAAUGUUUCGACACCUCAAAAGCAGGAGAUUACAGUUUCGUGUCAACCUAGCGAUUUAAUUCUUACAUGUACUCUACAUUGCGACUACGAGUUUUCUUUGGAGACAACGAGUGAUGCAGCUCUAAGUCAUCAAAACGAUUGCUACACACGUUGUUCUCGAAAUGCUAAAGACAAAACGUCUUUAGCACACCGUCUAAUUUGUACAACGAACUGGAGUCAGUAUUCUCAUGUUAGCAAAGUAAUAAGCUCGGAAGCUGACCUCUUGCAUGAUAUGGAAAAGAAUACGCUUGACAAAUGGGAGGUCAACAAGACCGCUGGUGGUGGGGCAAAGUCAUCCUUCGUUAACCUCGUGAGAAAAGCAAGCUUAGCAAGAACGAACGCAACUCGAAUGGUGAACGAUCUCGAAAACAGUUCUUUUUCUGAAAUAGAAACAUGUUACAGAAAGAUGUCUGAACUGUUGUCCGCAAACAUUGAAGACGACAUUAAAGCGUCUCGAUCACAUCUUCAAGUACUGACUGGUCUUAGAGUACCACUGUGCCCGACUUAUUUCCCAGCAGGAAUACUUCCAGACACUCUAAUGUUAUGCUCUACUUCUUUGAGGAAGCAAUGUAAAGAAGCGCUGGCCAUGGCAACAGAAGAUUUAUGCACCGCAAGAACUGUUCAAUUGGGGCUAGUAUUGCUUGCCAUUGUGUCAGCUGAAUCAGAUGAGAAAGAACAUUUUCGCCACUUAGAAAGUAUCUGUAAAGGACUAGAGACCCCAAAAUGGUUAAGUGAACUGCUGCGCAAUCGAGAGAGCUUUUUACAAUCGUCAGUCGUUCUGUCUGAAGAUUUACGCAAACAAGCACUCUCCAUACUCAAAAUGAGGACAGUGUAUUCCAAGCCGUGUGAGAAACUCUCUCUUUGUCGGGCUCCACCAGUCUUAUCUCCAGAAAUUAGAAAUGAGCUAAUAUCUCGCUCCAGACGAGAACCAGCUCUUCACUUAUUUCAGGAUGGAUCUCUCUUGAAACCUGUAGUCAACUUCUUGUCAGUGAAUAUUUCGUCUGUUGUUUCUGAAACGUGGAAUCCAACGUCUACUUUCACUCUUUAUAAUCAUUCAAGAAUUUAUAAUGCUCAGUUUCAGUUUGUAUCAAAUACUGAUAAAGACGCUUUUUGUGUUAAUCCAGUGAGUGGCGAGAUAAAGCCAAACGGUAUCUCUCAAGUUUUGGUGUCGUUUGACAGAAAUCUUUUAACUAGUGGAAGAAAAUGUCCAAUUCAGGCCAGCAGCUGGUUUGUUGUAUCUAUUCGAUGUCAGAAGUCUUCUCUCAAUGAUUCUACUUAUGUGGACGAGCAGUGUGCUCAAGUAAUUGCUUUCGUUGUGGGUGAGCUCCAGCCUAUUGAUAGUUGUUUACACGUUUCUCCUCUUCAUAUUGACUUUGGAGCGAUAUCUGCUGGGCUUGGAGGUGAGACACAAACCAAGUCUACUGUUGUUCGGAACAAUUCUGAUCAUAACGUGACCGUUUUUGCCAAGCUUGAAGGUAGCGAGACCGAAUCAGCUAAAAUUGUUUGCAAGGUUGGAACCGAGGGCAAGCAAACUUUGAAACCUAAUGAAGAAUUUUCGUGGUCCAUAGAACCGUUGUCUUUAACGCAAGUCACAGUCGAUUGCAUACCUCUUGCAAAACCAGGAACAGUCGAUGCCAAGCUGACUUUCAGAUUUCCUUCGGGGAAAGUGAUCCAAACACCUAUUAGAGGCGUUGUAGUCAAUCCUCAACUUACGUUGUCGAUCGAUGGAAUUCGGAAACCGAUUGGAGAGCAAACAAGUGGAAGCAACAAACGCAUUCAAUUUUCGAUUAAUGAAGAGAAGACGCAAGAAACUGUUCGCGUCGAGAAUAGUGGAUUAGUUCCUUGCAAGUUGUUUGAAGUUGUUAGCACCUAUUCGCCGUACCAUUACCCAACUAGAAGCCCAGCUGCUGUCACCUUGCUACUUCCGCGUACGUCAGUCUUGUUGAAAUUUGAUAAACGCAGGCUGCCGAUGAAAUUUACUUGUGGUGGAAGGCAAGUUAAUCUAAUCAAGGCAAACUUGUUAUCAAACUGGAAUUCUGGGCAAGUAAGCAUUUCUUGCAAGAGCAGCCCUCUAACAACAGUGUCAUUGUCAGGGAAAGGAAAACAGUCAGGGCAAUGGUCGAUCAAAGAGAUCGAGGGAAACCAGCUAAAAUUGCUGUCACGAAUACCGAUCGAGUUUUCGUUACAAAUGACUGGCAUUGGUUCAUGCUUUACAAAUGUCAGCUGUAGCAAUCCUCGCGUGUCACUAAAGCUUUCUCAAAUCACCUUGUCUAAAGGCCACCAAGAUAUCGCUUGCUUGUAUUAUCCGGCAACAACUGUUGAUCGUUUCGUCGUCGACAUCUACUAUAAACCUAAUUCCAUGUCAGAGUUACGAGAGAGUAAUUCCGUGUCUCACGAUGUUUCUAUCAGCGGAAGUUCAGAACCAGAGUUUACAUUUCAGCUACCAGGCAAUCAAAAAAUGUCUAAGCACUUUAUUUGUAAGCAAAUGCAAGAGGACAGAGUGAGUGAAGUGGAUAUUAAUCUAAGAAUAGUGGGAAUACGAAGAUCGGUAGACUAUGAGAUCAGUGCAAAAUCCGUGAACUGUUCUAGCCAAUGGCAAUCACGCAAAACAAGUAAUUGGCGCAAGUGUUCUGAUCGCUUUACCGAGAAACUACCAGAGAAAGGAGACAUUAGGAAGAUAAGGAUUACUAAAGAGAAAACUGAAGAUUUUGAUGUACGCGGAUGUGAAAUACAUUUGGAAUGUCCUGACAGUUUUAGAGUUUGGAGUGGAGAAGCAUUUGCUUACUCGACUAAACUUUACGUAGUUGAUCAAAACAUAGUGGAACACGAAGCAACGAGAAUAUCCAUUGGACAAAAACAAGAAGUUUCAAUCGCUGUAAUGGUAGCAAAGGCUCUUCACCUUAUGCAGACAAAUGAGGCUUUUCGUGUUUCUGCUAUCGCUGUCGUGAAGGCAGUAUUUUCUCAGGACGAAAACACAGCAGAAGUUGAGGCAGAUACCAAAGCGAACACGAUAAGUCGUUUGGUUAAUGCAGCUGACAAUGAAAACGUCACGUUGAUGUCGGAUAUUUUAGUUGAGUCAAAGUGUUGUUUACUUGAAGGACACAUCUUGAAAGCUUGUCAAUAUGGGCUGCUUGUAUGCAAGCUGGCGACAAUUUGUAGCCUUAACUCUAUUAAGCUAACGCUUUCAGACGGCAAAGAAUUUAUAGAUGCGAUUAUCGAAUGUCUCAUCUUGCCACAAACAGAGUCUUGGCCUUAUCAUUGGCGCGCUGUUUAUAUUAAUCUGAAAGCUCUAAUUUGCCUGAUUGAUUCUGUCAAGACAAAUUUAACAGAAGAACUUACUGGCGUGUCGAAUUUUUUGGAAGAAGUUAUGAAGUCGUGUAAACAAUUACCUUCCCAGUAUAUUGAAAUCAAUAACGCUGUCAAUGCGUUACUAAGUGUCACAGGUGUGGUUUGGUGCAACACAACAGGAGUACACGCCAUUCCUCGAGCGGCUACCAUGUUAUGCGUUCAACAGCCCAAAACUCUGAAGCAAGUCUCUUGGGCAUUAAAACCGGUCAUUGAUGCAGAAAAUUCUAGUUGCACAGUAGAUGAAGCUCUAAAUCUUGCAGCUCAACCUUGUGAUGUUUCUACAGUGUGUGCUUAUUUUAAGAAAUCAGCGUUGAAAGCAGUGGUGUCUUCAUCUACUGCUAACUGUAUGAGUGCAAUUUUAGAUUCGAUUUCUAAAGCACUUAGUUGUUGUCCAUUGCAAUGUCCUAGCGUGGACGGUUUAUUAAUCCUUUUAAACGACUUGUUGUCAACAGGUGGUGGUGGUGUUGCCGUAGCUACUGAAGUUAUGGCAAUAAUGUCUGGCUUUUUCGAUUUGCUGUCUGUCAAAGCUACCACUGACAGAAUGUUCGAUGUUUUGUCACGCUUACUGAAUUUUGUAAUAUUUGAUGAUACAACAGCUCUUUCUGGUAAACUGCUUCAAGCGUUGGAGAAGAUAUGCAAAGACGGUAGAAGUAUAACACAAACGGAAGGAAUUGCUGACGUAAUUUUGUUGUACUUGGAAGGAAAAUGUGGUGAUCACAAUUCUUGCUUGGCCGCAUUUGACGCUGUUGUAAAGAAUGUAACAUUGACUUCUACAUCAAGAAAUCUAGUGUCCAAAUUGAAAACUGAACUGAAGAGGCUUGGUGUUGAUCCUGAAGGCGUUAGAUUUCGAGAUCUCGUUGUUUCAGCACGAACUAUAGCAAACAACAAGAGUACUUCCGUUCAGACUGUCUUUCCAGCUUUGUUUGACGUAGCUAUAAUUCUAGCUGAAGUAUUUACCGACAACUUCUCGCACCAACUGGCUGAUCUCAAAGUGUGUUUGGAAAGGAUAAUAUCGCAGUCGGACUUUAGCUUGAUUUACCGCAUUGCUGCUGGUUUCAACAUCGCGCGUGUUACAUACGCUGUUUUUUGUGAUCGUGUACCUCUUGCAAGUCGAAUUGAGAAACGACUAAAGAAAUUAACCAUCUGUUUUAACCGUAUUACUGGCUAUGUAGAACACGAACAACUGGAAAACUGGUUUUCUAAAUCCGACGCCACUGUGCGUGAAAACUAUCACGUUGCUACCUAUAGUAGCAGGUGGUCUUUUUCUUUUGACUUCUUUUACUUGGCUCGUCGCAUUUUCUUGCUGGUUGUGUCGAAACAAAGUAUCAGCAAAACUGCUUUGCAAGCUUCUCACAAAUUUAUAUCAGCUGGCAAGUUUCCUAAACUUAUUUCUGACUGUUUCGCGUGUCCGCUUAGUACACUAUCACACUGCCUUGCGGACGUAGUCGUACAGGUUUGCGGCAUCGAGCAAGAGCACAAUUUAAGGCGGACAUCAAAACACAUACAAGAAGUCGUGGAAUAUCAAUUGGAACUUCGUCAUCGGUUGAUAAAGAACCUCCUCUGUUGUGAUUUGCAGAUAUUUUCUAAUAUCGAAAUUCUAACAACCGAUCUUGAAAUGACAUUGAUGAUAUUGACCCGCCUUACCCGUCCAACUACCUUGAAGUGUUUUGAAAACGUGGAUAGUGAAACCGCUUGUCAGUUACUGCAAACAGCACUCUCGACUAUAGAAUGGUACGACAUGUCGUUGUUAUCCUAUUUUAGAUUUGUUAAGUUUUUGGAUCUAGAAGAUCAGGGAUUUGACGUCGUAGUCAUUGAAAAACUUGAAAAUCUACUGACGUCUAGAAAAGCUUGUCUUCCUGCAGAACGAGUAAAACGCGCUCGUUCCGAUUGCCAACAGAUUCUUAUAUGCUUAGGAGAACUAGUAUCGAUAGGCUUUAAGGAAGUUUUGAAUCAUUUGCAAUUUAUACUUUCGAAAGAGGCAUCGGACGGAUCAUUAUCUUCAGCGACUAACGUAGUAAAGAGAAUCUUCAAGAUGGCGGGUAUGAAUGCUACGACCAACUUUUGGGAGGAAGUCAUACAGUUGUUUGAAGCUCUUAGUAGGCAAACUCAGACUUCGGUCAGAGAGAGUAUUGUUCGAAUGUGGAAAAGACAAACAAAAUCCAUCUCUCAUUUCGAGGAUCUUCCAAAAGAGUUUUGGGAUAAACUGGAUUCUCAGUACAGUGAUAUGGAAGGUUCCUAUGACGAAGCUAUUCGUUCCAGUUGGCAGCAUCUGUACUUAUUCAUCAAGGUGUUAGAUAGUCUAGAAAUUGAGUCUCACGCUUGCUCUCAUUUAUCGAAAAUUCUUUGUAAAGUGUACAACCAUUCAGUGACAAACUAUGCCGAUAUUUUUCGAGAGCUUAUCGACGUGACGUUUUGCGUUGAACAGUUUGUGCAUUCCGCAGAUUUUGCUUUUGGUCGAUUUCUUUGUGAAAUUCGUACUGUGUUGGAGACAGUAGCUGUCAUCGACGAUUCCUAUAUGAAAAAUUUAGAAGUUCUUCUAAGGGAUGAACCCAAAGUUUUGAAGAGUAUUUCCAGAAUUGUAGAAGAUGUGACAAUAGACAAAGGUUUUCAGUUUUCUCGUGUUUUAUUGAACUGUACGCAAUUGGCGAUAGACGGGAAUUUGGUGAGCAAUAGCGAACUUCAACGAAAGCUGAAUAGCGUCUAUGUCGAUAUUCUAAAUGUCUUUUUACAUCCUCUGUGCAAUGACUUUGAUGUAAGAAGAUUAUCAGAUAACGUACUAAAUUUGCUUGAAGAAACAGUAAAUCUGCUGUUCAAACCUGGAGGAAAACGCAUGUCGUUUCACGUGCUGUCUUUAUUGCUAGAUGCAGUAAGGACGUGUUGGAAUUUUGAAGGUUGCAAUGCUGAAGAUCAAUGGAAAUGUAAUAUGUACGGUUUAUCGGCCGCAUCGCUAGUCACUUUAGCAAAGCUUGCAGUCUUAUCAACUACUGAGGAAACCUCGCCAGUUACAGACAGCGCAGAAAACAAUUCCACAUUCGUCGACUGUAGCGCCACGACUCGUGAUUUACUACUUGACACAUCAUCAGACAUAUACCAAUAUGACAGAAAGAAAGAAGUACAGAUUGAUGCUGACGACACGUCUGCUCUCGAGGCGUUUGAACCCGGCGUUGACAAUUAUACAGAUAGCGAAACAAUGUCUGAUGAGGAAAACGAGGAUUUUACAUUCUCAGUGGCUUCUUUCAACAAAGGACACGAACAACAACUGAGCCAAGAGACUGAAAGUUUUUCGGAAAUUUUACUGCAAAAGCAGCUUUCUGGCGACGUGGCUGCAAGUGAAUUUGUGGUAGCAGAAAACGGCAUUCUUAACUUUCCAGAUUUAAACGUAACGGUCAAUGUUUUGGAAAAUGCGUGUAAGGCUCAAGACGAGAGCGAACGAUUAUCAGUCAUUAUUAAAGAGAGUCUUCCUAAAGUUGGCUUCAAAGACUUUUGCGAAGCAGAUAUUAUUGCUUGUUGUUAUGCUGCUAGCGUUUUACCAAGAGCCGUUGCUGUGUGGUCAUCUGCCUACGAUAGUGUUUGGAGUGGUAUGCAAGUGCCAGAUCUGGACAUGACAAGCAUACCUCCUACGUUUUUGAUAUCAUUUGUCAAUACUGGAAUGUAUCUUUUACAUGCUGCUGACGUCAUUUUGCUUUUUCUUGGCGACAAGUUGUUUAAUCCUCAGAUUGAAGACAUCAAAACCACAAUGUCUGCGUCCUUGAAACGUGGUCAGAUGUUGCCUAAAGAGUUUCGCAACGAAUGUUUGCAUAACACGGUCUUUAUGGCUCGAGAGGAGGUGGUACGCAUGCUUACGACUCUCGGAUCGACAAGAAAUUCUGAAAUCAAGCAACUUCUGACACGUCUGGGAUUAGCUGACUUUAACAAAGCAAUUCCCGACGAUAGUGUUAUGGAGAUUUCAAGGGACGAAGUGCAAGACAUGGUACAGUUUAUAUUAGAAGCGGAGCAACAUCAGGAUAACAGCAGUUUUAAAGAGCGUUUGGAGGCAAGUGCCAAAACAUUCGGCUCUACCCAAGAUACAAGUUUUCUGUCUUCUGUGGGAUCUGUAACUGCUCUAGAGGCAACUAGUCAUUCCUUGAAAUCAGACGAAAUUACAAGAGGUUUAUCUCAAGCUACCAUCGAAUCGUUUAGUCCAUCGUCGUCAAUUGCUAGAGCUCAACGGUCAGAAAGCAAUCAAGGAGCAUCAGUACACGUAUGGAAUGAGAAUUUUCUAUCUUACACUCGUGCUCAGCGUUUCUCUGUAAUACCCCGGUUAACUGACGAGAAGGAAAGCGAAGUGCAAGCAACUGCAACUCAAACAGUGAAAGUUAAAAUUGGAUUAACAUCAAAAGAAGUGCAAAGUCUUCUCGAAAACGUAGGUCUUCGUGAGCAACGAAGCUCAAAUACUGGACAGGCAAAUCCAAUGGAAGGCAAUCGCACGCAGAAAAAGCUAGAUGCAAUUAUAAAAAACCGGCGAAAGACGGAUCGAAUGACAUACACGGGUAUUUCAUACAUAUUGGCCGACAUGAUUGCCGAGUUUUUGCGUCAGUUGCGAAAAAGUCAAGCGGAAGAAUGCGAACGACAGGACCUAAGAGGCAUUUAUACGGCGAUGGAGUUUGUGUUUUGUAUCGAUAACAGCGGUAGUAUGGGAGGCAAAAAGAUACAACACGCACUGACCGCUUUGGUUUUACUAAUGGAAUCAUUGAACAAACUAGAGUGUAGGUUUGGAGUGAUGAGAUUUGGAGGCAUUGCCACUCAGAGGUGGCUAAAAACGCUUAACGAAGCUUUUACAGAAGUACAAGGAGAGCUUAUACUGGAGGCCAUGAACAACAUCGAGGGUACUCGACCUGCGGAUGCUGUGAAGUGGGUCCUUGACAGAGAAGAAGGGUUUUGCGAGAAGAAUCGCGAUGCUUCAAAGCUUCAAGGAAUCGUUCUCUUAACAGACGGAAUGUCAGGUCAGACAGACAACGCAAUAUACCAUCAUUUGCUUAAAGACACGGGUGUAAAAUUAAUUUUGGUCAACUUUCGAAAAUUUUCUGUGGAAAAUCCUUCACCUAGAACUAGUGAUCAAGAUAUCAGCGAUCAGAAAGAGAUUGACGAGGGAUGUAAGCAGAUCUCCGACUAUGUUGUGCACGUUGAUCCUAACAACUUGAAAGAAGCACCGCGUCGACUGGCUAACUGCAUCAUGAAAGUAAUGAGAAAGUACUUAAAAAAUUCUUUACAGGCAAAAGCACAUGAGAUCAAUCCGUUAUCCGUUUCUGCUCAAACGGUUCGAGGCUUGAAACUUCAUGAUGCAAAGAAGUUUUUGCAAACGGCUUUGGAAGAUUUGGAUACGUUCAAGGACGAGAGCGUUAUGCGACUCGCGGAAAUGUACCGCACUGAGCGUAAGCAACCAACUGUCGAAGACGAAAAUCGUUCGGUCGUAGAACCAAGUGACCCAAAUGGACCGACAAUUGAGCUAGAAAUUGCAGAAGCUUCUCAAUCUUUGCAAACGACUGAACCUGUUGAAGACAUUGAAGGUUUACGUCAACUGUGGAGAGACAUUAAACUGAAGAUGUCACCUCUAAUCUACGAGUUGGUGUCCGUAUUCAGAGACGCCCUAUUUCGGAUGAACAAGUUUACUAAAUGGAAACCGUCGUUGUCUGGUUCUUCUCUCCACACACCGUCACUUCUCAAGUUCGUCCUGUCCAACUUUACUUACCGUCGAAUAUUUCAAAAGAGAACGGGAGGUGGAGUAUCAAGGUACAACAUUGCUUUAGUAGUGGACGUCUCCAACUCUAUGCAAGGAUCAUGUCUACGAGGCUCCGUUCUCGCUACUUUAGCCAUAGCCUCAGCUCUAGAAAUAUGUUCUAUAGAUACAUUUUGUGUGUUUGCGUUCGCUGACCGAGUAACUGCCAUCAAACCAAUGGAAAUGCAAUGGGACGAUCAAGGCGUCUUCCGUCUUUUGACAGCCGCCACAAACACGGGCACGGCAAGCGUUGACGCAGACUGUUUGCGUGUUGUUAGAAGCUACCUGGAAAAUAUUCGAAACGGUUAUCCCAAGUUUGUAUUGAUGUUUACCGACGGUUUUGGAUCUUGUGGCAACCGACUACUCGAAGAACUGAUUCGAGCAUGGAAGUCGAACAUACAAGUGAUUGGUAUCGGACUCGGACUUGAGCAACCUGUAGUAGACAAGACCUACUAUUCUUACGUUACAGCCGCUACCGCUUCUCAUCUUCCCGAAGCUCUUAGAUCGUACGCAAUGGCAAUUCCAGUCACGUCGGGUGAGACGUGGUACGACGACAAAGAAGCGUUGGUUAUUCGUGAUGCUGAACUAGACAAAGAAUGGAGCCUACUCGAAGACAAUAGGGUGUUCGACAAUCUUAUUGAGGAAUUGGGCGUACUGCAUGAAGUGUACGCGGAAAAGACAACAAACCUAUGUCCAAGGAUGCAGCUGGAUAUAUGUUAUGUGAUUGAUGGAACAGGUAGCAUGUCGUCUUACAUAAGUCAAGCUAAAGACUGGAUUGUCAAAAUAACAAAUGAUAUAUCGAGUAAGAUGAGCUCGGCAGGUAGAAGUGGUGACAUUCAAGUUGCCUGUGUAAUUUAUCGUUCGAGCUGUUGCAGUUCUGGUCAGAGUGACCAGCCGAAUAUAUUCAACUUCAUGCCUGCGAAUGAGUUGGGUGAACGCAUUUCUUCUGUGCGUACUAGCGGAGGUUGUGGGCCAGCUGCUGACGUCAUUGGUGGACUGAGAUGGGCACUUCAACAACGCUGGCGUUCGAAUUCUAAAAAGAUUCUCAUCGAAAUGGGAGACCAAUGUCCACACGGUUCUUACUGGAACAAACACAGACACGAUCGCGAGCAGCCUCUUGAAAGUGACAAAGCAGUCGUAAAGGAAAUAAGAAGAAGAGAAAUCAAAUUCAUGUUUUCUACGGUGGUUGCAGAUGUGCGUGAUCUUCUCAGAAAUGGCCUCCGUGAGAACUACAACGAUAUCGAGAAAGGAUACGAGUUAGAAGAAUUGGACUUUACAAAGGGAAACAUUAAAGGUCCAGGAGAGGAGUUCAAGAAACUCAUACUAGGCAACGUCAUUAAGGAAAUAUUAUAGACUGCGGAACAAUGUUUGACUCACAUAUAGUAAUAGUACUCUGUGCCUUGCAUUUAGUCGACAGCAUGCAUUUGGCAAGGCUCGCUGCUCCGCAAUUGGGUAUGGCUAUCUGUGCUGCAUAUUACUCAGUUUAAUAGUUGUGUCGUGUUUCUGUUUUAGUAGGGUGCAUAUGUUGAUUGUAGUGCUCAAUGGUGCGUUAAUUAAUGUAAUAUGGAACUAACAAAAA